UCUCUCGAAAGUUCCGACGAUCGCCUUCGGCGACCCUUUAAGCUUCGGCGGCGAUCCUCUCGAUCACCCUCUUCGGCCGCGACCCUCUCGAUCUCUUCGAUUGAUCUCGAUCUCUUCAAUUGAUCUCUACCGUUUCUCAUCUCGUCGCCUGCCGUAUCUCGUCAUCUAAGAGGCUCGAUCUCAUCUCCAUCUACCGUAUCUCAUCUCGUCACCUGCCGUAUCUCGUCACCUAAGAGGCUCGAUCUCAUCUCCAUCUUCUCGAUCGUUAUAUUCGUUGUGAGUAUUUUGUUUUCGUUAUGGGUUUUUUUUGUAUCGUAGAGCUUCUGUUGAUGGUUUUAAUGGUUCAACAAAACCUCAAGUUUCCAUGUAUGUGUGUUUUACAUAAUGUACUAUUUUCUGUGUUCGUUCAAAUCCAGUAUGUGAAUUAAAUUCAUGUUGAGUUUCAGGCCAGGAACUCGGGUUUCGAAAAACAAGAAGCUGAAGAUCAGCCAGCACAGACCAAGUGGGUCCAGGGUUAAGUUUGACGAGGAAGGCAAUCCAGUGGCUCCCUUAGCAAUAGUAGCUGCCACAACUGAGACUGAAGUAGCCCUUGAUGAAGAGGCAAGGAAGGAUUACUAUAAGAAACUGGGGGAGCAACUGAGGAAAGUGGAUCAUGAGGACAAGAAAGUGGAGAGGGAAAAGAGGAGGGGGAAGAGAAUGAAAGAAAAGAUUAAGAGGAAGCAAGGAGAGAUGGAGGAGGAGGAAGAAGAAGAAGGCCAUGAAGGCUCUGCAUCAUCAGAAGAAGAAACAGGACGAAAACGCAAUAGAGCAAAGAAGAUGUACUUUGAUGAUAAUGGUGAUGGAGAUGAAGAAAAGGAAGGAGGAAAAAUCAAUACAGAUGCCAUCUCCAUAGCUGAGCUUGAGGAGAUGGCUCUCAAACUGAUAACGCAGUCAUGAAAAUCUCACAUAGGAUACGUUUUGUCUGUCUAGGCUCCCUCUUUCCGCAUUCGCCGUUUUGCCGAUUCUCCCAAGGAAGCACUUCAUUUUUAUGAACCAAUGUGAUAGUUUCCUACAAGUUUUGUCUGUUAUUUGUCAAUCAAAUCGUGUUACGAACAAUUA